AUGUCCACAGUCGGUCGUUCGUCUUCUCGAUGUGGUGUUUUCGUCGCGCAUCGAGGUGGAUCUUCUUUGCUGGACCAUCUCUUGAAUGAGGCAUACUCAUCCGGAGAUGCCCUUAUACAGAGGACUCUUCUUACUGAUAGUCAUGAUUGUCAGAUAGCAUUAGCAUCGAUGUCUAUCAAAUUAGAACGAGCGAAUCCACCUCUCUACGCAGCAUCAUCUGGCGGCCUGAUAUUUCACCUUGUGUCUUUUGUUGAAAAAACGGUAGCCUUCAAGGUUAAUGUGGAGGGAGGAUUACGAACUUUCGACGUGCGACCUGCUGAGGGAUUCAUACAUGGUCGGCGCUCCGUAGCACUGGCUGUUAUUCCACUCAGUAAACAUCGGAUCAAAGCCGAGCUUAUUGUACAGUGGACGGAAGCAGACCCAUGGGAACAGGACAUAUGUGCCAUAUUGAAAACUAAUCGUCGUUUUAAUGUUAUAGUACAUCAUCUCGACUCUAUGUCGAUGGACGACGGUGGAGAGUGGCCAUUGAGUUACCCGAAUUCUGAUGGUAGUCGGCGUGACGAAAUUCGAUUGCCUUGGAUAGCAUUAAAAUCUGGGUCGAUGACACCUUCAGUAAGAGACGAGAAAGUUGUGUGGAGAGCAAUUGUGAAGAUUCUGGCAACACUUGGAGUGUACCACAUUAUGUUAGAGAGAGCACCGCUAUAUUACAGUUCUUGUUUUGACGAAAAUAAGGAGGUUUUGAAGGAAGUUCACGACCAUCUGCAACUCUUGGACCACAAUGUCUAUCCUGUUCUAUUAGUUAUUGAUGACUGUAAAGGGAAGUUCGCAGAUUUUAUCAAGCAUACGUUUUCUAAACGUGUGCAUAUAUUUGAAUUAAAUGGACAGGAAGUAGCUCGGAUUGCUGUGAGCAGACUUGAAAAUCCUCAUGAAAAUGUGCAUGACAGCACGUGUUCUCAAGUCCGUGGUCGUAGGUGGAAUAAUGAUAGUCGUGCGUAUCAGCGUCGUACUCGACAUUUUCAUUCGGCUGAAGACGGUCUUGGUUUAAAUCAUACAUCGGGUGCCUGGACACCAACGUACGGUGUGAUUUUUGGUAUGCCAAAUAAGUUUUGGAAAGAAGUGACUAACAAACAAUGGUUAAAGGACACGGCAUUGGAAUCGAACAAGAAGUCCCAUCCAUACCUUCGGCGAGCUAUUGUUGACGGACACUAUGAUGAUAUGGCUCAUCAUCUCGAUGUCCAAUUUCGUUUACUACGGGGAGAUCUCGUUAGCACGUUGAGUAUUGGCCUUUCCAUGUAUAAGUUCACUGAAGUGCACAAAUGGAAAGUGCUACGACUUUACACCUUUCCGUCGUCCAAGAUUAAAGAGGGAGUACCGAAGAGACAUUUCAAAGAUGUCAUGAAUGUUCUCCGUGAUGCGGAUGUCUUUUUUACUUUAGAACAGCAGACAAAACCAGAACUGUCAUUUUUCCAAGGAGUAUUCGAAGGUGAAGAGUUGCGGGAGUUUUAUGAUUGCUUGGCUCAUUGUGGCACAAUAAGACUUACCGGUUUAGUUGCGCCUAACGCACGUUAUCACGCUGUUCACUCGAUAUUCCACAAUCUUCUGGUUACGUUUUGUGAAUAUUGUCAUAAUGGACAUUGGUUGCCAUCUGAUGUGGCCAUGAACGUAUUCCGUCACAGCGCCCAAGAAUUUCGAAAAAUUUGUCGUGGAGACACUAGAAGAGCUCGGCCUCGAGAGAAACCCAGUGGUUCGUAA